AUGGUGUCUGUAUCCACGAAAAGACGAAGAGAAGAACAGAAGACUACAGAUGAAGAAAUGAUGACGAAGAAGAUCAAACUUGAGGAUAACAUCAGUAUUGCUGCAAAUGACCAUCAUGAGAAUACAGAAAGCAGCAGAAAGAGAUCAAGGAGCAGUGAUGACAGUGCCACUGUAGAAGAAGAAAGAAGCACCCAGAAGCGACAGAGUAGUGAAGCUGAACGCUUGCCAGAACACAUUAUAACCAACUAUGCGUUCCACUGGGGUCUCGGCCGAGGCUCAUUUGGCAAAGUGUUUUUGGCUUCAUUACCAACGAAGAAAGAACAGGUGGCUGUAAAAGUCAUCAGGAAGACACGCAGAGAAGAUCUGAAGGGCAUGAUCAAGAAGGAGGCCAGAAUCCUGAAAGUUACUUCCGGCAGUCCAUUCUUGUGCCAUGGCUAUGCUGCCUUCCAAACCAAUCAAUACGCCUUCCUCGUCAUGGAGUAUGCAGGGGGAGGCAAUCUCAGGAAUCUGUUGUCCAUCAAGCAUCAGCUGAAAAAAAGACACAUCAUCUUUUACUCAGCAGAACUGAUUUGUGGACUUCAGUAUCUCCAUUCUCUAGGCAUCAUCCAUCGUGACCUGAAGCCUGAAAACAUCCUGCUUACCUGUGAAGGACACGUAAAGAUUGCCGAUUUUGGAGUUUCAGCAGAAGGAGUGUUUGACCGCAAAAAAAUUGGUGGAGUAAUAGGAACAAACUGGUACAUGGCCCCAGAGAUGCAAGCUAACAAGAAAUACAAUGCAGCAAUAGACUGGUGGGCAUUUGGGAUGAUACUCAAUGAAAUGGCCACUGGUAGAUCCCCUUUUGACAGCUAUCAACAGGAUGUGAGAAGUUCCAAGCUCACUGAUAAGCCGGUGUUUCCUGAGUGGAUGAGUGAAACAUUGCAAGAUCUCCUGCAGAAGCUUCUGAAGAAAAGACCACACAAACGUCUUGGAGUGAAUGGAAAUAUAAGGGAACAUCCACUCUAUAAGAAAAUCAGUUGGGAAGAUGUUGAACGUCAAAGGAUUCCACCACCAAUCCGACUGGAAGAUGAUCAUCCUGAUACAUAUGUCAACCUUCCAUUCCUGCAAUGCAACACCACUUCAGAUUCAGAUGAUGGCAUCCUUGAAUGCUUUACAUAUCUGAAUCCCAGCUGGUAGGAGUGAGUAAGUUUGUGCUGUCAUGGCUUAGCCAUUAACAUCCUAUGCCAACUUUUUUAUCUACUCAUUCCUAUACCUGCCGACUUGGUACCUGUAAGUCAUCCAUUGUUAUAACUAGCUGCACAUACAUUUCAUCUGCCAUU